AUGGCACUACAGGCAUUGAAAUCGCGUCACCGAGGCGACUACAAAUUUCAACUCGAGUAUAGAACAAGAUGGAGCGACAACGACAUGUACCACCACAUGAACAACAGCGUCUACUACUAUCUAUUCGACUCCGUAGUCAACACGUACCUCAUCCAACACUGCUCACUGCAUCCACCCACCUCACCACAGAUCGGUCUCGUCGUACACUCGCAUUGUGAUUAUCUUGCCCCGGUCGAGUUUCCCGCCGUCGUAGACCUCGCCUUGCGAGUCAACAAGCUUGGCAAGAGUUCUGUAAUAUACGAGAUUGGUGUCUUCGAGAGGGGCCAAGAGGAGGUCAAGGCCGUAGGCGAGUUCAUCCACGUCUUCGUCGACCGCGAAAGUCGACGACCUGGAAAACAUGGCAUGAGUGACCAGUUGAAGACGGGCCUGGAGAAGCUUUUGACGGACAAGUCGAAACUGUGA